CCCGGUAACUUCCAUCAAUUAUCCUCACCACGAAGGCAGCCCACUCACGCGACCUCCCUCUCUCUCGUUUCCUCUCCCAUCUAACCCGUCGCCACGAGCAUCGCCAGCCAGCGGGAGAGGAACUGGAUCCGCUCUCCCAUGCAGCCACACCAGCUUCGUCGCCUAGAGGGAGGAGAAGAUGGCGGUGGCGGCUUCGAUCUAUAUAUGAUCUGCCUCGAUGCGGGUCUCCUCCAGUGAGCGCCUAUGCGGCGACGGCGACGGCGACAACGAGUGGAGGAGAUGAAGUGGAGGCAACUCGAGGGCCUCCUAGGGGGCCUGGUCCAGUUCUCCCCCGCCGCCUCCUCUGCUCGAUUUGGCCUCCAAAAAAAGGCAGGCGAUGCUCUGAUUCAGCUGUAUACUCAUUUCAUCUCUGAUUUUGAGGUCAAGAUCAAUCUUCUUAAAUCUUCUCACUUCGCGGUAGUAGUUUCACGCCAGUAUUCAGAUAAAGAUGCUGGUAUAAGCUAUCUCGAAGGCGUAAUUUCGAAGCUGCGUGAUACCAAGGAAUCACGGGUUGAAGAGCCCAUUCUGUAUGUGAAGAUGCAGAUUGCAAGUUUUCUUCUUGAGCAAGGGAAUCAAAAGGAGUGUAAGAAACUGGUAGACAAGGGUAAAACCACUUUGGAUAGCAUGGGCGAUGUUGAUCCUUCAGUACAUUCAACCUAUUAUUCGUUAUGUUCUCAGUACCAUAAAGUGUGUCAAGACAAUUCUGAAUUUUAUAAAAAUGCUCUUCUCUAUCUUGCAUACACAACAGUGGAGUCACUUUUAGAACCAUUCAGACAGAACCUGGCAUUUGACCUCUCACUUGCUGCUUUAUUGGGUGACAACAUAUACAACAUCGGGGAGUUGCUUGCCCAUCCAAUUCGAGAUCCACGAGAGCACGAGGCGGUGCAGCAAGAUGGACAAAGACGGUGUGGCAGCGGGGUGGGCAAGAAGAUGAGGGGAUUGAGGAGAGGGUGGAGGCAACGACAGUUUGCAACAAAUAAACAUCUAUCAUUGGUUGCAGAACACGAGGAGCUCAGAGCCGAGGCCUUCGAUGACGCUGUUGACAAUGGAGAUGCACGCUGUUGACAAUGGAGAUGGCAGUGAGCUCGACCUUGUCGAUGUGGCCGACGGAGACGAAGCUGAUGAGGAACUGGAAGACUCCCGUCAGGAUCAUGGCCAGCGUCUCCGCGGCCGGCGCCACCAUCUGCUCUUUCGGUGCACACGCACAGACUACAAGCACACAGCAAGCUAGCCGCUGUUCGUACGUGCCUCGUAUCUUUCGUAGUUCUGUAUGUACAGGUUAAGUUUGGGGUUCAACGUUCCAGUUGCUGCUGAGUGACCCAUGGUUUGAAACUUUGGGUUCAAACUGUAUGUAGAAAAUGGUCUGGAUGGAUUUGGCUUGAAAAUACAUACAGUUUGGGUUGGUUUGGAUUGUAGUUUUUGCAAUUUGGUCUGGUUUGGUUUGAUCGCUGGACCUAUACAUGUAUGGUUUGGCCUGGGUUUAGUUUGGAUUACAAACUAUUACCAGGUUUAGUUGCAGGUUUGAGGACAACUAGCUGCAGGUCAUGUUCCAGAACCCCCCCUUUCAAUCUUCUCUCCCCAUGGACUGAAUAUGAGGAAAAUUGUGCUGACGAUCUUUUCUAUACUGAGCAAUGGUAGUUAUUUUGUUCCUGUGAAGCUCCAGGUUUGGCUGAUUGCUUGGAUGAUGAGUUUCAUAACCCACACAAGAAAUAGGAAAGAAAAGGUAAAGACAAGACACAAUCCAUUUGGUUUGUCAUUUUGAAGGCACAAAUAGAAACAAGAACACCAUAUAUGCUUUGUAAGGUUUUCUCUAAAUUUUGAGGAGCUUUGAAAGUUUGUCAGGGCAGAGAGGAUGGUUCUCAAGUAUGCUACUAUCAUUGAUGUUGUGUGGGAGCGCUAAAGAUUUGUGAAACUGCUAGCCACUAUCUACUUGGCUGCAAUUGUGUUUUAUACAGGACAGGGCUCUGCCGUUUCAGUGGUGCCAAGAUAUACCCGGGGAAUGUAUCAGAUUGGUCCAUUCAUACUCUCGAGUCCUCCUUUUGUCCAACUCAAAGUGCAAGCGCUAUUUCUGCAACCAUCUCAAGCCUGCUAAGCUUAUAUGGACUGCCAUGUGCAGGAAGCAGCAGAAGAACGUAUACGGAUAUUCGUGUUGAGGCUGCAAAGAAGAGGCACCGGACCACCAAGAGUCCAUGUGGUCUCGCUGUUAAUCGCCUCUGGACGCGCCAUUGACGGCCAUAACCAACGUCUAUGCAUAGAAUCCAUGUGCCGUGUUUCCUGUUUCUCCGAGACCUUUUAAUUCUAUCGUAUGAUGUGAGGAAAUAUGCCUCUGCUUUAUCAUCUAUAUCAUCAUUCAUGUAACCUCUAAGAGUCCAGUCUUUGAAUGUGUUGCAUUCGUGCAACUGUCUUAUUGUUUCAGUUAGAAACUUCUCUGAAUGUGUUGCUUU